AAAAGACUGAUGAGGGAGGGAAGAAGGGAAAGUAGCCAGUAAAGGAGGAAAAGUAUUUACUUCCUUUGGCUCUUCUGUCAGAAAACUGAGCACAAAGAUACCUGGUUCAGUCAUGUUUGUGUCUGUUAUCGCGUCGUUCAUCAUCCUCACCCCCCUGACAAUCUCCAUGCCUCAGUCACCAUGUUCCCGCUGUUGUGAUGAUGACUUUCUGCAAGAUGAGACCUCUACAACCAUACCACCAGCCGCUCCAGCCAUUCCUGAAAUACGCACCUACAUUAACAUGACCAUCCUCAAAGGUGAUAAAGGAGAAAAGGGGAAAAAGGGAACCCCAGGCAAGCCUGGUUUGGAAGGUCCUCCUGGAGCUCAAGGUGCUGAAGGCCCCAAAGGUUCCAAAGGUCAAGCUGGAGCACCUGGAGCUCCUUGCAAGUCAGAGCACUCUAUGUUCUCAGUGGGCCGACGCAAAGCCCUGCACAGCACAGACGCCUAUCAGGUUCUCCUGUUCGACACAGUCUUCGUCAACAUGCCCGGCCACUUCGACAUGUUCUCCGGCAAGUUCCAAUGCAGCAUUCCAGGCAUCUACUUCUUCAACGUCAAUGUGCACACGUGGAACUUCAAAGAGACCUAUGUGCACAUCAUGCAGAAUGAGAAGGAGCGCACUUUGGUGUAUAGUCAGCCUGGAGAACGUUCCAUCAUGCAAAGCCAGAGCAUCCUGCUGACUCUCCAUCUCAGUGAUGAGGUGUGGGUGCGUCUGUAUAAGCGUGAGCGCGAGAAUGCCAUUUACAGUGAUGAUGUGGACAUCUACAUCACAUUCAAUGGGUACCUCAUCCAAUCCAUCGCUGACUAAAAGAAUCAGGGUAAUGAGAGGAGAUGAGUUAUGGUUGCCCCUCGGUAAAAUUCAUUUCCUGUAACGGGACCUUCACCAUUAUUUUAGUUUUUGCAAUUUGCAAAUUAGUUUAUAUUUAUUUUUUUUAUUAUUAUAUUCAUUUAUGGUUAAACUUACAUUAUAGCAGCUAUAAACAGUCAUUCUCUCACCCUCAAUUUCUUUGUUCUCUCUUGAUGUUAAUGAGACAAAAAGAUCAUAGCUAUCUAGCGAGCAUGACUUAUUCUACCAAGAAACAAAAGAAAGAAGUAGAAACUUCUCAGUCCUAAAGACGGGAAUGACGUGACAUAGUGCCUUAAACAUAAGAUUCCUUUUACAUGCUACAUGUUACUGUACAUCUUCUUACAAAAAAACAUCAUGUCAUCAAUUACAAACCCUUUUAAUUGAAUAUUCACCCUGAUAAUGAGCUGUAACUGCAAAAAUGAUAAAUGACCUCAUAAUGCAAACUAAUCCUAACCUUCAUCUUAACUUUUUUCAACCUCAUAAACCUCGCACACAUUGAAGUGCCACUGAUAUCUGAUGGUAUCCUGUGAUAGGGAAAUACAUCACAGGAUACAGUGCCACCAUUGUUCGCCUCGAGCAAGCCUCGAUUUUGUAACCAUGGCAAAUUUUAUGAAAGUGAAAACUGGCCUAUUCAGUCAACCAUUAAACCAGUAGCACAAUCAUUACAAAAUUAAAUAGGAAUUUUCUAAAAAAUAAUAAUAAUAAUAAUAAAAAAUACUUUAAUCAAUGAUUCACACUUGGCAAACCUCUUAUCUCAUCCAAAAACCUGCUAAGUGUGUGUGUGUGUGUGUGUGUGUGUGUGUGUGUGUGUGUGCCUGUAGAUAAAUGUUUAAACAGGAUGUGUGUGGUUUCUCUAUUUUAAGGUCUCUAACAGAAAGUGAAACAAAAAAGCGAGACAGUAAAGAAAGAAAAGCCUUUAGCAAGAAAGUAUUAUACAAUAUAUUUUGAUUUAAUUCUAAAUAAUUCUAAAAAAUAAAAAAAUGUUUUUAAUUGUAUAACUAAAUUUUGAUGAAAUCUGUAAGAGUUUUAUUUGAUCAUUUACACACACACACACACACACACACACACACACACUUUGAGUCAGGACAUGCCAGUCUUUCAUCACAAACUGUUUAAAAAGGAAGUUUUAAACUUAGCUGUUUCUUUUUGUGUAACAAUGCAGGUUUUAUUCUUUGUAGGAUUUCUGAACGGUGCUUAAAUGUAAAAAGGUGCUCAAAUAUUUUAAGUGAAUAAUUUGACUGCAACUUGGUGCUUAAAUGUUUUGCAGUUUAAUAUUGUCUGUUUGUUAUUUGUUGUAAUGUUCGUGUAUGUUGUUACACAUUAUCAUUGAAAAAUUUCUAAUAAAAUUUUU